AGAGGGAAAGUGGUAAAAGAGGAGAGUCUGGGCUCUGCUGCCGCUGCUGUGAAGCUGCAAAACACCAAAACACUGCAGAAAUGUCGGCGUGUGAGUUCGAGUCGCUGGAGAAAAGUCUGGAGUCUCAUCUGCCUGAAGCAGAGCUGAGGGAGGUCAGACGCAUCUUGUUCGGGAAGGAGACACAGAAGCUGGACCUGCCGGUCGCUGCAGUGCAGGCGGCUUCUGAGCGUGACUUUGAGCUGAAGGGUUACCGGUUCGAUGCCAUUCAGGAGCAGCUCAGGCCGCCCCGGAGGAUCCGGGUGGGACUGGUCCAGAACCGCAUCGUGCUGCCCACCGACGCCCCCGUCCUGGACCAGGUGAACGCUUUGCACAGCAGAAUGGCUGAGAUCGUGGAGGCAGCGGCCAUGUGUGACGUCAACAUCAUCUGCUUCCAGGAGACCUGGACCAUGCCGUUUGCUUUCUGUACCCGGGAGAAGAACCCGUGGAUGGAGUUUGCGGAAUCAGCCGAGGAGGGCAGCACCACUCGGUUCUGCCAGGAGCUGGCCAGAAAGUACAACAUGGUGAUCAUUUCUCCAAUCCUGGAGAGAGAGGAGCUGCACAGCACUGUGUGGAACACGGCCGUGGUGAUUUCCAACUCUGGGACUGUGCUCGGAAAGAGCCGCAAGAACCACAUUCCCAGAGUCGGGGAUUUUAACGAGUCUACAUACUACAUGGAGGGCGACACCGGCCACACGGUGUUCCAGACACAGUUUGGGAGGAUAGCUGUGAACAUCUGCUACGGCCGCCACCAUCCCCUCAACUGGUUCAUGUACAGCAUGAACGGAGCAGAGAUCAUCUUCAACCCAUCGGCCACCGUCGGAGAUCUGAGUGAGCCCAUGUGGCCAAUCGAGGCCAGAAAUGCAGCAAUAGCCAACCACUGCUUCACCUGUGCCAUCAAUCGUGUUGGGACGGAGCACUUCAAGAGUGAAUUCACAUCUGGCGAUGGAAAGAAAGCUCAUCACGACUUUGGACAUUUCUACGGCUCCAGCUAUGUGGCUGCUCCUGACGGCAGCCGCACGCCGGGCCUGUCCAGGACCCGGGACGGACUCCUGGUGGCAGAGAUGGAUCUCAACCUCAACCGACAACUCUGCGACAAGUGGACCUUCAAGAUGACUGGACGCUACGCUGAAUACGCCCAGAAGCUCACAGAGGCCGUCAGACACGACUUCAAGCCCAAAAUAGUCAAAGAGUAAAUGCAAACCAUCCACAGAGAGAAAUGUUCCUGUUUGGCAACAUUAGGAAGUCCUUGUACCACCUAGUGGUAAGACGUGGUAUUACAAGACUUUGAGUCAAGCUUGAAGGCUAGUUUGUAAUUUCACGGCAUUUCUCUGCUGGAUUUUGAUUAUUUUUUCACUGAAAGUGUAACAAACUAAACCUUUCAGAGAGAAAGACGUCAAAGCUUUUUGGCGGCGUGCUGAGGUGGUCGCCACUUUCUUUGAAGCCUGAUUCUCAUUUGGAGGAAUUACAUUUUUACAACUUGUAGAACAUUCCUGUGUAAAUGCAAAACUGUUUUAAAACUUAAAACAAAAAUGAUGCGUCUUUGCAUGCAUCUUUACUUGAACUCUUGUCACGUGAAGAUUACCACUGUCAGAAGAACAGUGUUUUUUAUCAGAUCAACCUGUGUGAGCACGCUGUUCAAAUGAUUAGAACUCAUUAAAAUCCUGGAGCUGUUCACCCCUGUAAAAAGAUAAUAAACCAUAGA